CAAAAAAGUAAACAAAUUUUUAAAAAAUCAAAGAAAAAUAAUUUUUUAAAGACUUAAAAUAAAUAUAUUAAAGAGAAUACUAAAUAGCAUAGUAGGUAGCAAAUAGCAAUUCUUGCUUGAAUUGUCUAAAUCCAAUAUUUAUUGUUAAAAUGAAAUGUCAUGUGCCGGGCCCUAACGUUAAAGUUUUAGGAAGGACAGUCCAUGUUUUAGCAAGAUUUGGCGAUGAGUUAUAUUUAGAAUCUCUUCCGGAUUGUGUACUUCUAAAGACACUAAAUGCAUCUGAAAGUGCAUAUGCUAUGAUAAAGUUCAACAACAGUUUUUUCUCAUAUUUCAAGUACAAUUUCUAUUCUACUGAAGAUAACGAAAGUUUAAAAUGCAAAAUAUCAAUGAAAUCUGCUCUUAAUGCCUUUAAAUCUCCAACACACAUGGACAAACAAGUAGAAAACCUGGAAAUUAAAUUGGAUCCCGAUGCCUGUAAACUUAUCUUCCAGUUUAAAUGCAAACAUGGUAUUGUUAAAACACAUUAUGUAUCAAUAUUAGAUUGCAAAGCUACGCAAGCAGUUUAUACCAAAGAUCAAGUGCCAAACAGAAUUAUAACAUCUCAAAGAUUACUUUCUGAAACACUUGGAAAUUUUCAAAGUUCAGAUGACCAAGUCACAAUAGAAGCAACAAACCAAUCAUUGAUUCUACGGAACUAUGUUGAUGCUAACAUUGAAUUGACAAAGAUUAUAAGAACUCAGAUAAAUUUGAAGGCAUCCGAGUUUGACAGUUACACGGUUGGGGUAGAUACAACCAUAACAUUUACACUCAAAGAGUUUAGGGCUUUGCUAGCCUUCGCUGAAGCACUAAGUCUACCAAUACAGCUGCAAUUUGAGACAACAGGACAACCAGUGGUAUUUAUUGUUCACAAUGGUACAACUUUUGAAGCACAUUUUGUAAUGGCCACCUCAAAACCUGAUGCUUUAACACAAACACAAGCUUCAUCACAAAACAAUUCAAGGACAGACUAUAAAAGGAAAGAAGUUAACAACUCAGUAGGUCCAAUGAAAAAGAAACCUCACUUAGAUAUUGAUAUAUCAAAAUGCUUAGAUGAAGAUUCACAUUUAUUCAAUUACAUAGACAUUCCUGAAGAAACUGAUUUGCGUCCAGAAAAAAAUGGAACAACUGAAGCCAAUGCAGCAGAAGAAGACAAUUUACAAGAAUAUAUGGAUUGUGAUAUUCCUGGGUCACCAACAUCGAGAACAAAAAUAAAAUCAGUGUUCAAAAGAUGUUUUGAAAGCACAUUUGACCCAAGAAGUAUACAGGGUGUAAAACUAGUUGAAAACUCAGAUAGCGACUGAAUAUGAAUUUUUAAUAAGCAAACAUAUUUAAUGUAAAUAUUGUGUAUAACUUUCAUGAUUUGUUAUGUUUUGUUGAUUAAUAAGAGGAAAAUAAAAAAAACAUUUUCACUGCA